UCUGAGACAAAGACCUCUCUCCCCCUCUCUACUUUGCUUCUUUAAAGCUUCCCCUCUCUUAUAUCUCCUCCCUCUCUUCCUCGCCAUUGUUGUGCUCUUUCAGUUGAGGAACAGAGAGAAAAAAACGAAGGAACACGGGAAAGUCUCGAGCUUUUUUUUUUUUUUUUUUACAACUUUCCCCUCCACCUUUAGCUCAUGAAGUUGAGAGGAGGCUCUCUCCACCCAGAGAGCCUACCCAUGACAAAAACCCAGCAACGGCAUUAAAUCUUUUCAAUCCAAAAGCCAGACCGGAUCCUCGGAGUUUUCGAAAAUCAGGCCAUACCCAUCUGUGUUUUGAGGCCGAUAAUCCAUCUCUGUCGAGUUUUUUCCCCGAAAGGAGUGAUUUUUUUCCUUCCCCUGUUCUGUCCCUUUGACUGGAGCUAUGAUGGCGCACGCGAUGAACAGAGAGUCUCCUGACAAAGGAAUGGACUCGAGCAAAUACGUGAGGUACACACCGGAGCAGGUGGAAGCGCUCGAGAGAGUUUACGCCGAGUGUCCGAAGCCGAGCUCUCUCCGAAGACAGCAGCUCAUACGAGAAUGCCCGAUUCUCUCUAACAUCGAGCCCAAACAGAUCAAAGUUUGGUUCCAGAACCGCAGAUGUCGAGAGAAGCAGAGGAAAGAAGCUGCCCGUCUUCAGACAGUGAACAGAAAGCUCACUGCCAUGAACAAGCUGUUGAUGGAGGAGAACGACCGGCUGCAGAAACAGGUCUCCCAGUUGGUCUACGAGAAUGGCUACAUGAAAAACCAAAUCCACACUGGUUCUGGUACGACCACAGACAACAGCUGUGAGUCUGUGGUCGUAAGUGGACAGCAACAUCAACAGCAAAACCCAACUCCUCAGCACCCUCAAAGGGAUGCUAAUAACCCAGCUGGUCUUCUCUCCAUUGCAGAGGAGACCCUGGCAGAGUUCCUCUCCAAGGCUACGGGAACUGCUGUCGACUGGGUUCAGAUGAUUGGGAUGAAGCCUGGUCCGGAUUCUAUUGGCAUUGUCGCCGUUUCACGCAACUGCAGUGGAAUAGCAGCGCGUGCCUGCGGCCUCGUGAGUCUUGAGCCCAUGAAGGUUGCUGAAAUCCUCAAAGAUCGUCCAUCUUGGUUCCGUGAUUGCCGAUGCGUCGAUACUCUGAGUGUGAUUCCCACCGGGAAUGGUGGCACUAUCGAGCUUGUUUACAUGCAGACAUAUGCUCCGACAACCUUAGCAGCUGCUCGUGACUUCUGGACGCUGAGAUAUACUACAAGCUUAGAUGAUGGAAGCUUUGUGGUUUGUGAGAGGUCACUCACUUCUGUAACUGGUGGCCCGACCGGGCCACAUCCUUCGAGCUUUGUGAGAGCCGAAAUGAUGUCUAGUGGGUUUCUCAUCCGUCCAUGCGAAGGCGGUGGUUCCAUUCUCCACAUCGUUGAUCAUGUCGAUAUGGAUGCUUGGAGUGUUCCUGAAGUCUUGAGGCCUCUGUACGAAUCCUCGAAGAUUCUCGCUCAGAAAAUGACCGUUGCUGCCUUGAGGCAUGUCAGACAAAUCGCUCAGGAGACUAGUGGAGAAGUUCAGUAUGGCGGGGGACGCCAACCUGCGGUUUUAAGGACUUUCAGUCAAAGACUUAGCCGGGGUUUCAAUGAUGCUGUUAAUGGAUUUGCUGAUGAUGGAUGGUCGCCGAUGGGUAGUGACGGUGCUGAAGAUGUUACAAUCAUGAUAAACUCAUCUCCGGGAAAGUAUGUCAGUUCUCAGUUCGGUAGUGCCUUUCUCCCGAGCUUUAGUGGUGGCGUUCUUUGUGCCAAGGCAUCUAUGCUGUUGCAGAAUGUCCCACCGGCUGUGCUGGUCCGGUUCGUGAGAGAACACCGGUCUGAAUGGGCCGACUAUGGUGUGGAUGCUUACUCUUCUGCCUGUCUCCGGACAAACCCUUUUGCUGUUCCAUGCGCUAGAGCUGGUGGUUUCCCGAGUAGCCAAGUCAUUCUUCCUCUGGCUCAGACCAUUGAACAUGAGGAGUUUCUUGAAGUUGUUAGGCUUGAAGGCCACGCAUUUUCGCCCGAAGACAUGGGUUUGGCUCGAGACAUGUACUUACUGCAGCUUUGCAGUGGCGUCGAAGAAACUGCAGUUGGAGGUUGUGCCCAACUCGUCUUUGCUCCUAUCGACGAGUCAUUUGCUGAUGAUGCACCAUUGCUCCCUUCUGGUUUCCGGGUCAUACCACUCGAGCACAAAACAAUUCCGAACGGUUCAUCUGCAUCAAGGACUCUGGAUUUAGCCUCGGCCCUCGAAGGUCCCAGCCGAGCAACUGGUGAAGCUGACCCGAAUGGCUACAAUCACAGGUCGGUACUAACCAUCGCCUUCCAGUUCACGUUUGACAGCCAUUCGAGGGACAAUGUUGCUGCCAUGGCUCGCCCAUACGUGAGGGGCAUCGUGGGUUCGAUCCAGAGGGUUGCCCUUGCAAUCGCUCCCCGUCUAGGCUCGAGCCUCGGCCCGUUGCCCCUGCCCACUUCCCCCGAGGCCCUCACUCUCGUCCGUUGGAUCUCCCGAAGCUACAGAAUCCACACUGGUGCGGACCUUUUCUGCACUGAUUCACAGUCCGGUGACGUGCUGCUGAAGCAACUAUGGGGCCAUUCUGAUUCAAUCUUGUGCUGUUCGCUGAAAACCAACGCUUCACCAGUUUUCACGUUUGCCAACCAAGCUGGUCUGGACAUGCUUGAAACCACGCUCGUGGCGCUCCAGGACAUAAUGCUGGACAAGACACUCGAUGAAUCCGGUCGGAAAGCUCUUUGCUCCGAGUUCGCCAAGAUCAUGCAGCAGGGCUACGCUCAUCUUCCGGCGGGAAUCUGCUCGUCGAGCAUGGGGAGACCGGUCUCGUAUGAUCAAGCCACUGUCUGGAAGGUCGUGGACGACGAUGAAUCGAACCAUUGCUUGGCUUUCAUGUUCGUGAAUUGGUCGUUCGUGUGAAGAAAACGGCCAUGGAGUUGACGGGGUUAAUUAUGUAAGAUAAUGAAGUUAGGGUAUCUUUAUGCUUAAGCUACUUAAAAUGGAGGACUAAUAUGUAAUAAUUAGUGACUUCUUUUGACAUUAUGCUAUGCAGUACUUAUGUUCUUGUUAUAAAAUCCUUUUGGCUUGAAUUUUA